CCAUCUCUGAGCCACAUGUUCCUGCCACUGGACGAGCGGGAGAUCCAUCAUGAGUUCCAGUGCCGUACCUUUCACUCACUGAGCUCUGCACGAGAAAAGCUCAAAAGCUGCAGCUUUAGAAAGACUUUACCCGGGGACAUGAGUGUACGCCUCACACAGGGGGCCAUUCAGGCCCUGGCCAGUGGCAUACAGCUCGACAACUCUGUGUUGCAGCUGCUGAAAAUUGGUCAGGUCAAGAAUUCCUCUCCACCCCGGUUCCGGCUCUCGAUGAGUGACGGUCAGCACUCGAUGACUUCGUUCCUGCUGGCCACACAGAUGAACUAUCUGCAGGAAGAGAAUCUGCUUGAGCCUCACUGUGUGUGCCUAAUCAAGAAGACCACUAUCAACACAUUGUCAGAUGGCAGGAAUGUUGUGUGCGUGCUGGACAUGGACGUGUUGCAUUCUGCAGAGGAAACUGGAAUGCAGAUUGGAAAUCCCACUCCGUAUGGUACAGCUGGUAGGACGUCUGACUCUGCCCCGGAUAGCACCUUUGUCCCGGCGUCCCCUCUUCCUGCUGCAGUACCGGGACCCUCCUACAGGAGCGACAGCAGUCUUUCUCCUCCCCGAGGCAGUGGGAGAGGUUUUCUGGGAAAGUCACCAAUGAAGGCUUCGUCAAUGCAAGCUUCACCUUCCAAGUUUUCACCAAUGAAGGCUUCACCAAUGCAAACUUCACCUUCCAAGUUUUCACCAAUGAAUGCGUCGCCUGCACAAGCUUCACCUUUCAAGUUUUCACCAAUGAAUGCUUCGCCUGCACAAGCUUCACCUUCCAAGUUUUCACCAAUGAAGGCUUCACCAAUGCAAACUUCACCUUCCAAGUUUUCACCCAUGAAAGCUUCGCCUGCACAAGCUUCACCUUCCAAGUUUUCACCAAUGAAGGCCUCACCGUCGAAGUAUUCACCCAUGAAAGCCGCCAGCGGUUCUCCAGGUUCUACAACAAAAGUAUUUCCUAUUGCCGAUCUCAACCCUUACAUAAGCAAGUGGACUAUCAGAGCACGAGUCACCAACAAGUCCAACAUCCGCACCUGGAGUAACUCGAAAGGAGAGGGCAAGCUUUUCUCCUUCGAGAUGGUGGAUGAGAGUGGAGAAAUUAGGAUCACAGCCUUCAACAAGGAAGUGGACAAGUUUUUCUCUCUAGUGGAGCAAGGCAAGGUGUAUUACAUCACCAAAGGAACGCUGAAGGUGGCCAACAAGCAGUACACCAAACUGAAGAACGACUACGAGAUUACGCUCCACUCUCACUCGUCCAUCGUGCCGUGUGAGGACAGUCAGGGUGUCCCUGCCGUGCUCUGUGAGUUUGUGCCCAUUGCAGAGCUGGAGAACAGAGACAAGGACGACAUCAUUGAUGUGAUUGGAGUAUGCAAGAGUGCGGAGGAUGUAUCACGUAUCACCACUAAGACCAGCAGAGAAGUCUCCAAGAGGGCCCUCAACCUAAUAGACACGACUGGCAAAGUGGUGACAGUCACACUGUGGGGAGAGGAGGCAGAGAAGUUUGACGGCUCUGGGGAGCCUGUGGUCGCCAUCAAAGGAGCGCGCUUGUCUGAUUUCGGGGGCAUAUCUCUCUCUGCUUUGUUUAGUUCAACAGUCAUGGUCAACCCAGACUUACCGGAGGCUUUCAGUCUGCGGGCCUGGUACGACCAGGGAGGCUUUGCAACCAACAGCCAAUCCCUGACAGAGACAAGGUCAGCAGGCAGCGGGUCGAGGACGAACUGGAAAACCCUGAGCGAAGUUAAGGAGGAAGACUUGGGACAUGGAGAGAAGGCGGAUUAUUUCAGCUGCGUAGCAACCGUAGUGUACACCCGUAAGGAGAAUUGUCUGUACCGGGCCUGUCCGUCUGCGGACUGCAACAAGAAGGUCAUCGAACAGGAGAACGGACUGUACCGCUGUGAGAAGUGUAACAGAGAGUUCCCUAACUUCAAAUACAGACUCCUACUUUCUGCCAACUUGGCAGACUACGGGGAUAACCAGUGGGUGACAUGCUUCCAGGAGACAGCUGAGGUCCUGCUGGGUCACAGUGUAGAAACACUGGGACAGCUCAGAGACGCAGACGACGCUGCAUUUGAUGAAGUCUUUCAGAAAAUCAACUUCACAACUCACAUUUUUAGAAACAAAAUCAAGCUGGAGAUGUACAACGACGAGAGUCGAGUGAAGGUGACUGUGAUGGAGGUCCAGUCUCUGGACCACCGGGAAUACAGCCGGAGACUCCUCAGCAACAUCCACAAACUGGCCAGCUGUACGUGGUCCCAGCCGUCCGGACGCCAGCCCAGCGAUUAAAACGUGUCGUGCACUGGUCUCUGACUGGUGUCUGACUCUUCCUCUGCAGCAGAUAACAGCAUAUCUCAGUGAGGCAGCAGAGCGCGGCCUGUGAUUCAUCCGAUUAAAUGGCAGCCAAACAAAAGACUGAUAUUUAGUUGUUCAUUUCCGUUAUUGGGCCGUUUGUGAAGCACUGCAGAGGUGACAGAAAUGACUUUUAGCUUUUAAUUUGAUGACAUUUUAACAAAGAGCUGUGACUGUUUGAUCACACACAGCUGUGUUUUACGUUCAUAUUGUACCAUGCAUGCUUGGAUCACGUCGCUUUCUCUUGUUUUUAUACAAAUGAUUCAUCCC